AUGAAAGUUUUUGUGGCGCUUCUCCUGUUGGCUCUGUCCGGGGUCAUCUUUGCCCAGACUGCCCAAAGGUUCAACGAAGCGGAACUCAAUGAUGAUGCGCUAGUAAGGAGAAGAUUCAACUGCGUCCUUGACAGGGGUCCAUGCGACCGCGCCGGGAAUGCCCUCAAAGCGGCCAUCCCUGUUUACGGACGCAAUAACUGCCAGAAAUGUACUCCUCAGCAGAAGGCGCAGGCGAGGAGAGUGCUCGCGAAGCUUCAGCAAAGAUACCCUAAUGAAGUGGCCCAAGUUCGUGCCAAGUACCGCGUUUGAAAUUUUAUUGUUACUAUAUAUCCUAUUAAUUAUAUGUAUU